AGCCCGAGCAGAGCAGUGGUGGUAGCCAUGAUAAAUGUAGUUAGGCCCAUGAACACAUGAAGAGGUUUGUACUUGACCCGGUACUCCACCUGGACUCCAGGCCAAAGGAAUGAAGCACAACCUAAGAUUCCCUACAGCUCUCUAUUGGAACCAGAUAUGAAAAGUACAUCUGUCCCUAAUGUUGUCAAAUGUUACCAUAAUACAUUACAGUACAAUGUGCGGUAGAACUAAUUAAGCAGUUUUAAGGAGUUACAAAAAAGUAAAGGAGCUAGAUAGAUGAAAAUGGAGUAUACAUUAGAUAUCAAUAGUAAAUACCAUUGAACUGGAAGAAGUCACAACCACAGAACACCUUGGUAUAACUCUUGAUGACAAACUCUCAUGGACGGCUCAUAUAGACACUCUCUGCAAUAAAUUAAGUACAGGACUGUGUGUUAUAAGAAGAAUGAAACAUGUAAGUGAUAUGACAACCACAAAAACAGCUUAUCAUGCUCUAUUUGAACCACAUCUCAGAUAUGGGAUCGCAGUAUAGGGCAGCACUACAGCAGGGAACAUGCAGCGCAUUCUUAUCCUCCAAAAACGGGCCAUUAGAAUCCUGUAUAAUCUACAAUUCAGAGAAUCCUGUAGAGCAGCCUUCCAAGAACUGAGGAUUCUUACAGUGAUCAACUUGUACAUCCUGGAGGCAAUAACCCACGUCCACAUCAAGGAACCGGAAUCUGCUAGAAGUGGAUCACAAUUCCACCAGUACAACACCAGACAUGCCAACAACUACUGCCUACCUGUGCACAAACUCAGCUCCACUGAAAAGAAGACAAGCUACAUUAUUGGUGCCAAGAUGUGGAACGCCCUGCCAGACGCGCUGAAGGAAAGCGGCUCUUUAGAAGAGACCUGAAGAACUGGCUACAAGAUCGGCCCUUUUAUACUUUAAAUGAAUUUUUUUUACUGUUGCAAUUCUUGACGCCUUAACAUUAAGAUCUUUUAAUGUCUUAUUAAUGUGACACUAUACUUAUCUUGAUGAUAAUGUAAUAAAGAUAUUUUGACUUGACUUGACUUGAAUUUUAUGUUAACUAAGU